UGGUGAAACUGCAGACUACAGCCAUGCACUGUGUGUUGUCGUUAGUCUGCACCAUGCUGUCCCCCUGGUGUGUCCUGACCCACCAGUUGAGAACCACUGCUCUAAAGAUCAACACCAUCCAGGACUGACUGAUGAACCAGCCGGCCUCGAUUUCAUCUGCUCCUACAGACACAAAGACGUGCUGAGGAGUUCAUGAAAAGAGGAGAGUGAGCAGAGGUAAGGAUGGGACAGCAGACAUCUGUACCUGAAGACGUGGAGGAAGGCGUUGAGGUGAUGUCUACGAUCAGCGAUGACAUCGUGCACAGAGAACACGGCCCGCUGUGUGCCGAGAUCGGCUCCGAGCUCCAGAAGCAGUUUGCCAUCCUGCCAGGCGGCCGCGGGAUAAAUGGCAGCCCCGUCAUGGUCUUCCCAGAAUUCCCGGCCUUCAGCGAGUUGGAGGAGGAGGAGUUCCAGAACGUGCUCAGCUACCUCACCAGCGUCCCGAGCGUUACAGCCUCAGGAGAGGGUUUCAUCCUGGUCAUCGACAGACGACUGGACCGAUGGGCCGCCGUCAGGACUACCCUGCUCCGCAUCGCUGGUUCAUUUCCAGGGAACUUGCACUUGGUUCUGGUGUUACGUCCCAAUACUUUUCUCCAGCGGACUCUGUCAGACUUCUUGUUCAAGUUCAACAAGGAUGAGUUCAAAAUGAAGGUGGUGAUGCUGAGUUCGGUGACUGAGCUUCACGCUUAUAUCGACCCGGGACAGCUGACCACAGAGCUGGGAGGCACGCAGGAGUACUGCCAUGAGAGCUGGAUCUCACAUCGCACUGCAAUCGAGGCGUUUGCGCUCAUGGUGAAGACGACUGCGCAGACCCUGCAGGCGUUCGGCACGGAGCUCGCAGAGACGGAAUUACCGAACGAUGCAGAGGCCACAACCAACCUGCUGCACGUGCACAUGCUAAAGAAAGACACGAUGAAGGAGGAUCUGCAGGUGGCGCUGUCUCAAGGUGGACGUCUGCUGGAGUGCAUUAACGAGCCUCUGCAGACGGAUCCUGACUACAGCAUGACCUACGAUGAGCUGGAGAACUUAGCUACUGUACAGAGACUCCUGGGUCAACUUGAUGAAACAGAGACGGCGUUUGACGACUUCUGGGAGCGCCACCGCACCAAGCUGGAGCAGUGUUUACAGCUGCGACAUUUUGAGCAGCACUUCCGUGAAGUGCGCAGCCAGCUUGACUCGACAUCAGAGCGGUUAUCCGGCUUCUCAGAGGUCAGCGUUAACCCCGCCCACGCCGAGCACGUCCUCCGAGAGCUCAGCGGACAUGAGAGCAAAGCAUGUGACGUCCUGGACUGCGCUCUGUCGCUGGCCAGUGAAGGUGACCGCCUUAUAGAGAACUCUCACUACGCCGAAGACUCCAUCAGGCCGAAGUGCAGCGAGCUGAGAGGAGUGUGUGAGGAGAUCAGCUCUACGCUGAGGGGCAAGAAGAACAUGUUGCUGCGAGCCAUGGAGCUCCACCACGCUCUGGAGAAGGCGUCUCGGUGGUGUGAAGAGGGGAUCUUCUUGCUGGCGAGCCAGCCGGUGGACCGCUGUCAGUCUCAGGACGGAGCUGAAGCAGCUCUGCAGGAACUGGAGCGAUACCUGGACACGGCUCCUCUGCACACGCUCCUUGACCGUGGCGCCAUCUGCUGUCAGUACGAGGCAGUGCUCACACCUCAGCUCAGGGACCAAGUAGAGAAAGUUUUCCAGAAGCAAACCUCUGUCCAGGAGAUGUUUGAGAAGAGACGAGUCAGUUUGAAGAAACUCGCCGCCAAACAGACGAGACCGGUGCAGCCAGUCGCCCCCAGACCUGAAGUCAAGUCUCCUCUCUCCUCUCCCAAUCAACAGAGAAAAGAGAGAAGAUACUCUGCAGACAACGUCAUCUGUAAGAAGGUGGAGUCUCCGGUGCAAAAUGGUGGCACUAGACAUGCGUCUCUGUCAGAGGAAGAAGAAAACCUGGCUGUACUCCGACGCCAUGUGAUGAAUGAGCUGCUGGAGACGGAGAGGGCGUACGUGGAGGAGCUGCUCUGUGUACUGGAGGGCUACGCGGCAGAGAUGGAUAACCCCGCCAUGGCUCACCUCAUCCCAAACACGCUGAUCAGCAAGAAGGACGUGCUGUUUGGAAACAUGUCGGAAAUUUACCAGUUUCAUAAGAGGACAUUUCUGAAGGAGCUGGAAGCGUACACCGACUGCCCAGAGCUGGUGGGCCGCUGCUUUCUAGAGAGGAUGAAGGACCUGCAGAUCUACGAGGCGUACUGUCAGAAUAAACCUCGCUCUGAAAGCUUGUGGAGACAAUGCUCCGACUGUGCCUUCUUCCAGGAGUGCCAGAAGAAGCUGGAACAUAAACUUGGUCUGGACUCCUACCUCCUUAAACCUGUCCAGAGAAUCACUAAGUACCAGCUUCUGCUCAAGGAGUUGCUGAAGUACAGUAAGGGCUGCGACGGCUGUGACGACCUGCAGGAGGCGCUCUCCUCCAUCCUCGGGAUCCUGAAAGCUGUUAACGACUCCAUGCACCUUAUCGCCAUCACAGGAUACGAGGGAAAUCUGUCAGAGCUGGGUCGCCUGCUGAUGCAAGGCUCCUUCAGCGUGUGGACGGAGCAUAAAAAAGGGCACGCCAAGGUCAAAGACCUGGCUCGGUUUAAGCCCAUGCAGAGGCACCUGUUCCUGCACGAGAAGGCCCUGCUCUUCUGUAAGAGGAGGGAGGAGAACGGGGAGGGAUACGAGAAAGCUCCGUCCUACAGCUUCAAACACUCACUCAGCAUGAGCGCUGUGGGAAUCACAGAGAACGCUAAAGGAGACAACAAGAAGUUUGAGAUUUGGUGCAACUCCAGGGAUGAAGUUUUUAUAGUGCAGGCUCCUACACCGGAGAUUAAAACUGCAUGGGUGAACGAGAUCCGGAAAGUUCUGACCCAGCAGCUCCAAGCCUGCAGAGAUGCAAGCCAGCAGAAGAUCUCAGACGCCGUUUCUCCCAGUCCAACCAGCAACAACUCCUCCAUCUCCCUCAGUCCCUUUCGUAGCAACGGUCAGAAGAACCAGAAGAAACAGGAGGAGAAGAAAGUGGAGCCGAGCACCAUCUCUGAGGUCAACUCCUCGCCCAAACACAAAGGCUGGAACAAAGCGUCUCUCUCGGUGGACGCCACCGAAGAGAAUGAUGGAUACUCCAGCAGCGAGGACCCCAUCACCUCUGAGGCAGAGGACGACAUGGGGAAGAAACUCGCUCCAGGGAAGUACACGGUGGUAGCGGACUGUGAGAAGGCGGGACCUCAGGAGCUGUCCGUCAAGAGCGGAGACAUGGUGCAGCUAAUCAGAGAAGGAGAGGAGGGACAGUGGUUUGUGAAAAACCUCCGCACCAGUAAAGAGGGUUGGGUUGCAGCAGCAAACCUCCUCAGCCUCAUCUCAGAGUCCAAGUCAUCGCAGUCGCUCAGCAGCUCAGAUGGCAGCGUCUCCGGGAACCUCAGCACUUCCUCCAGCUGCAGCGAGACUUACACCAGCUACUCCGACAUCAAACCUUAAACCUCCAUCAUCCAUUCCUCCACUGAAAACCCACUGACACGUGGAUUUACAGAACCUGAAAGAGGACUCUGACAGGAGGACGGGAUCCACAUCCAUGAAAGCUUUCUUUCAUGUUACCUGCAGACAGACUCAUUUAAAAGUCCCAGAACUUUUAUGUAGGCAGCAGUAGAAUAUUCAGAUGAAUAGAUUUUAGGGUUAACCUGCUCUAAAAUGCAUAUUUUAGUUGCCUGGUUUUCUCCUCCUGUCAGGCCUUCUUUCAAACUUCUGUAAACUCCACAGAGAAGCUAAAGUCCUCCCUUCAAUGACCCGUCUUAAAUGUAGCAUUAACGUGGUCAGACUUAAAGGAAAUCUGCUCUAAAGUGAGCUGUCAGCAGCUGAAACAUCCACACAUCCAGAUACUUAAUCAUGCAUCGGCUCAUGUUUCUCAUACACUGUGAAGAGUGGCAGCUGGCUGCAACCAAAAGAAGACUUUGAGUGGCGUCUGAGUCGUUCAUUCCCCCAUUAAUGAUGCUGUAUUCCUCCCAUUUAGGCUAGUUUAUCAGACCCUCCUUUAACCUCGGUGUGAGGUCAAAACCUUCACCUGGUGGCCCUCGACUUCUCUGACUGUCUACAAAUCAGAGCGGCAGCUUGGAACAACUCCUAAACCUCCUUUUGCUGUUUGGCUCAAAGAAUGAUUGUGUUCUCUUCUCUGAUCUGCUGGAUUCUCCUCUCAGGAAGCUUAAGAAGUCGUUGGUCAGGCAGGUGUGACUGCAUACCUGCGCUGUGUCACCUGAAAAGUCUUUGUGUGUGCACAUUCUUGAACGAGUGUGCUGCAGAAGUAACCCGACUAGAUUAUGUCACAGAAGAGCCUGAGCUUGGCCAUUGUGGACGCAUCACAAGCAAAUCAAAACUAAAUGAACAGAGCAAUAAUCAGUGAUUUAUCAGUACAAGUGUAGGAAAAAACUAUUUUAUUUUACCACCUGAAGCAAAAAUUGGUCCUCUUUAUUGGUUAUUUUUUCUAACAAUCCCAAGCCAACACAUACUACGGUUAAUUUCACAUGAGAAAAGGAGAAAAUUCUCACAAAUUAGAGCUUCAAACUUGGCAAAGACUGACAUCUUUCUUGAAAACUAACAAAAAAAUACAUGAAAAUAGCAGACAAUUGGAGCUGGUUUGAUGUGUAAAUUGUUUUUCAAGUGUUUUAGUAGGUUUUUGCACAUAUGUUAGUCAUAACUCGUCCAGUUUAAGGCCUUUACUCAAAGCUCUUACCCCUUUCAUUAUAUUUCUGCUCUCAGAAUCUGGUUUCCAUACCCGUCAAGUUAUGUCAAAAUGAUUUCAUACACAAUUUGUCCUGCAGAAUGCACCUUAACCCAAAUUUUACCAUCCUUCAGCACUGUCUGCAGCAUGUGCAAUUGCACCUGCAAUGUGGUUGGUUAAAUAUCUAUAUAUCCUUAAUAUGCUUAAAGUUGCAGCACUUUUGCAUGGUCAGAUUGCUGCAAAAUUGAUGCCCUGUCCAAACGGCAAAGUUAGUUUUACAUCUAAUGCCUGUUUAUCAGGCAUUUGUGGAUUUUUGCACUUUUUUGACCUGUCUGCAGGUGUAGCACCGACCUGCUCUACAAAUGGUUAUAGAUUUCAUAAAGUUGCAGCACUUUUUAAGGUCAUAUUGCUGCAACAUUAAGACGUGAUCCCAAUGGCAAAGCUGCUUUAAAGAUGCCUCUCUGUCAUUUUUUUAAUCAUGAAAAUUGCUGUUUGCCCUCAAGAAUCUGCUGGUCAUGCUCUUGUCUUUCCAAAGUUGUAGUUGCAUGAAUUUGUCCAGCAGGGUGCGCUGUGACUUGCAGUCCGCCAUCCUCUGCAGCAUGUGCAGUGCUAGCUCGCUGUGCAGUUGGUGAAACUGUCACUUUUGCAAAUUGGAGCCCAGUCUAAAUGGCAGAGCUUGUUUUGAUCAGUCUGUGUCAUGCAGAAGAGUGCACCUUGACUGGAAGUGUGCCAUCCUCUCUGCAGCACAAAUAGUGAUACGCUCCACUACAGCUGGUCGGCCAGGCUCUUAUCUAUCUACUUUUUAUGUAACUUCCUUUUGCCAUCAUGGUGAGUAAAUUUAAGUUUAGGUCCUUUGUUAUCUCUGCAGAACAAAGCUGAUUUCCCCAUAGAAACUAGUGACUUUUUCAAGAAACCGACAUGUGCAUGUCCUUUCAGGGCUUCCAUACUUAUCUCUUAAAAGCUGCAGACACAUUUAAGAUUGUCACAAACAAGGUUGCAGUUAGGGAUGUAUUAACUGUUUGUUUGGAGAUAUUAUCUUCUGAUUUCAUGCAGGAGAAAAACAAACCUCUGCAUCUUAAUCCAGAUGUACGUCAUGGCCACUUUGAGCAACAAAAGCUCGACUGUCCCCUCCCUGUGCUCCCAGCCCUGCUCAGGCAUGUGACAGAGUCCUUCAUCUCUUUCUAAGCAGGCGCCGUCAGACCUUCAUGACAUGUUUGCACCUUCAGCCUGUGAGCAAUAUUUGUUUACUCGACAGCACCAUGUAGCUGAGGAAUCGUCAGAGUGGAGCGGGAUUGUCAGGAAACUCCAGUUUUUAACCUUGUUACUGGAAUGUGGGAUCUAGUCCAUGUGCAUGCUUGAUUUGCAGGUUUUCAUGGACUUAUUCCUCUCCAGCAAACCUGACUGACAAAAUAGAAAGUGUGUUAAAAAUUCGCCCACCUCAUGGUGAAAAACACACAAAAUAAAAGUUAAAAUCUGAUUUUUCUGCCUGAAUGACACAGUUAGGGGUUGUAACAGAAGUCAUGUAUCUGUGAUGUAAAAUUGUGGAUGCUUUGAUAUCACAACCAGCUGCUUUUACUUCUUUACACACAAAAACUUGCUAUUCUGAUCACUGAAUGACACCUUUUUAAAUGUUUUUCAAGAGUAAACCUGCUUUUUAUAUCACAGAAUUUCUACUGAAUCCAGAAGGCGCACUGUCAAACAAUUCCUUCCUUUUUCCAUGUCGAUGUUGAAUGUUUGAUGCUGUUAAAAACACAAAAAUCAGCCCCUACGUCCAUCUGUUUGGUUUGUUUUAGCCACUUGCUUUUCAAAUCCACGUUAAACUGUGGUUUUGUUAAAUUUCGUCCACUUUUCUGAUGUGAAAGCAUUACUUUAAUUGAAUGUUGUUGUCUUUGUGCAAAGGAAAGACUCCGGAAAAAGGCAAAAUCUACUCUCCAGACCUUUCUGCGUCAUACUAUGGCUGGUGUUACAUGUUGUAAGUCCUGUAAGACUGAGAAAUGUGCGUUACAAUUGUACAGAUGUGUCCUCUUAUACCUCACGUUGGUUUCCUGCAGCGCAUGUGUAUUGUGAAGAGGAUCAUGGGUUCUUGUGUCUUUUUGUCUCUCUGUACAUCAGCAUGUUCCUCACAGAUAUCAUUUAAAACUCAAAUCCUUGCCCUGAAUGAGGCGAGGGAUUUUUACCAGGCACUGUCGUGUUUUAUGAGAGUUUUGCCCUCCUGUGGAAGCUGACAUGGGCACUAAACUUGUCAGUGUUCAUCAUGAUCACACAAUACUGAAUUAUUUGUACUUUUGACUGAAAAGGCUGGAGAAAUGAGAAGGGUUGUUAUAUUUUUUAUUUUCAUUUUAUGCAGCACAUUGCAGCAACCACUGUCUUUAUUUUCCUAUUGUAUCUACUGAGUAUGGUGUUGAUAUAAAUAUAUUAUAAUGAGACAUAUAGGUGUAUAUUUGUACAUAUGUAAUUCUGAAUUGUAUGUAAAAUUAAAUGCAGCUUUAAUAAAG